AUACCGUCGGGGAGCACAGCUGCUGACGCCAUGAGCAUAGCUGGAUCUCCAUCGACCAGGGCGUCUCGGACCGCUCGUCUGGCCUCAACUCCCGUCAUCGGUUCACCGAGCGGCCAGUCAACACCGAAUGCACAGCCGGAAAGCACAGAACAAGCACAGGAGCCACUCGCUGGAGCAUCCGGAACAUCCAUCCCCGGACCUGGCGCAUCAUCCCUCUCACAGGCUCUCCGAGGAUCACAUUCUCCGAGCAGAUUCGGCCAGACGGCAGCGAGAGAAAGAGGAGGAUCGAUGCGGAGAUAUGAGAGCCCAGAUCCGGGAUCGUUCACUCCGCAGUCAUAUGUCACGCAGCUUGGUCGCAGUCCAAGCGUGAAGGAGGAUAUCGAAGUGCUGAAAAGACAUUUGGUGGGACCGCAAGGUGGGUCUGAAGCGGGUUCGCCCAGGAGAGGAUCCGGAUUUCCUUCAGAUCAAGGGCAGUCAAGCGCUGCUGCACAAGAUGAGGAGUUUUCGAGUCUACAACUGCAAGGUGGAGAUACGACACGGCAUAUCUAUCGCUAUGCGGAGAAGGCUCAGCGGGAGCAAGACGAUGCAGCACGGUUGAAGAGGAGUAUGAGCUACAGUGCGCCAAAGAAGGCAGCUCUUGAUUCCGAGGGAGACGAUAUUUCGUUCAUACAAAAACCGGGUGGAUUCCGCCGCGAGCAUUUGCGCCGGACUGCAGGCUCGCCAGCUCCUUCGAGCACGAAUCCGAGGACACGAUACGGCACGAUUGAUCAAGAAGCAUACACCGAGCCGUCCAGACCGAAAUUUGUCACCAGCAAUUUCAUCGAGUUCUUGACAUUGUACGGUCACUUCGCUGGAGAAGAGCUGGAAGAGGAUGACGAGGUUCUGGAUCGGGACGAGUACUUCUCAUCAGAUGCGUAUGAAGAGGCCACCACAGAAGGCGACGACAACCGAUCAGAUCGCGAUUGGGGUGAGGACUCAGCACUACUCACUCCUGGCAAACGCAAGCGGAAGCGGAAGACCCGAUCAGCUGGGACAGGAACACCGUUCGGCGCUGCUAUGCUGUUGCUGAAGUCCUUCGUCGGAACGGGAGUGCUGUUCCUUCCUCGAGCGUACCUAAAUGGUGGCAUGCUGUUUUCGAAUAUUGUCCUACUGGGUAUUGCAGCCCUAUCGUACUACUGCUUCAUCCUGCUCGUCAGCGUCCGGCUAAAAGUCCAAUGCUCAUUCGGCGACAUGGGUCAGAGAAUUUUCGGCAACUACUUCCGCAACUUCAUCAACUUCUCCCUGGUCAUUUCACAAAUCGGAUUCUCCUCAGCAUAUAUCGUCUUCGUCGCGGAGAACCUCCGUGCUUUCGUACUUGCCGUCACGCGCUGCAAGACGGACAUCAACAUUGGCAUCAUGAUUCUCAUCCAGAUGGUCAUCUUCCUGCCACUCUCACUGUACCGCAACAUCAACCAGAUCCAAAAGCUGGCUCUUCUCGCCGACCUCUUCAUUCUCCUCGGUCUUAUUUACGUCUACUUCUACGACGUCAAGACGAUCGUCAAGCAAGGCGGCAUCGGCGACAUUGAAAACUUCAACCCAGAAUACUGGACGCUCCUCAUCGGAACAGCAAUCUUCACCUUCGAAGGCGUCGGCCUCGUCAUUCCAAUCCAAAGCGGCAUGGCGGACCCGCGGAAAUUCCCCAAAGUCAUGGGCACAGUCAUGAUCAUCGUCACAGUCGUCUUCAUCAGUGCGGGAGCCCUCUCCUACGCUGCCUACGGUUCUAAGACCAAGACCGUUAUCCUUCUCAACAUGCCGCAAGACGACAAGCUCGUCAACGCCGUGCAGUUCAUCUACAGUCUGGCCAUCCUGCUGUCCACGCCGUUGCAAAUCUACCCUGCGAUCGAGAUUACCAGCCAGCAACUCUUCAGCCGUACUGGCAAGUACAACCCGUGGAUCAAGUGGAAGAAGAAUAUCUUCCGAUUCUUCAUGGUCGCUUUGUGUGCGACGAUUGCGUGGGCCGGUGCGAAUGAUUUGGACAAGUUUGUGAGCUUGGUCGGUAGCUUUGCUUGCAUACCGCUUGUCUAUAUCUAUCCACCACUCAUGCACUACCGCGCCGUUGCCACGAAGAACUGGCACCGAGUCGUAGACGUCUUCCUAGUCAUCUUCGGCAUCGCGAUGAUGAGCUAUACUACAUCUUUGACGGUCAUCGCUUGGGCAUCUGGACAGCAGGAGAAGUCGCCGGGAUAUUGCGACAAC